CUAGAACUGAUUGGUGGUCAAGAAACAAAGAUAAAUGUCGCUUAGGAGCUAUCAACAUCAAAGCUUGGAGGGGAUCCGGCAGCCCAGGUUGACGCCCCCGCAGGCGCUGCUACCCCAACCUAACCAACUGUGGCACAGAUCGCUUGCCCAACCCUCAACCCCCUGCAUGCAUUAAGGACUAGAACAUGGACAUGCCUGGAGCACAGGCGAUUGCUGAUCCAGCGGCCCUGCUUUUUUGCUCUAGCCGAAACUGCACCGCCCAAUGUCAAGUCAAGUUGGCGCCCUGGUGCGACUGCCGGAUAUUUGGCGCUAUUUAUGGACGAUGCUACGACGUGACCAUGAUUGACACAAAAGUCAAACCCAAGUCCAUAAAGAAUGCCAUCGGGAACUUGCCAUCUCUUUUCUUUCUCUCUAUCUCACUCAAUCCCCUGGCUAUUGUCAAUCAGCAAGCCAGCUCUCGCUCACCAAUCGCAAUCGCGAAUUGAGAAGCGAGAAAAGUUAUAAGCUGAGGGCCUCAGCAUACGACCAAACACGCCACCAAAACAGUUGGUCCCUUAAAAAAAUAUGCCGCUCAGGGUCAAGUCAAAACCAGCGGCACAGCAGGCCAAUUCGCGUGUGCGUAGUCCGUCGCCGAUCGGGAGGCAUCUCGACUCCAAGUUGCCCGACAUUGAAGACGGCGACAGCUUUAGGGAGCUGACCAAGAAGCUUUCGGUCUACAUCGCCGCUGUGAUUCGAUUGCCGUAUACCUUUGAGCAGCUGCGGACCACUGCCGCCGGAGAGGCAUUGAUUGUGCUGGUCCAGCAUCUGAGCACCUGUUGCAAAAAUCCGGCAAUAGUAAAUUCACUGCUUGCUCUCAAGUGGCAUUAUGGUGUCUCCACCGAAGACAAGGGUAUUGCCGAGGCUCGAGCAAACGCCUGCGAGAUUGUUGCCUGGAGGUUUUUGACCCAUCUCUCUGAACGAGAGGCAGUGGAAUACUGCCUUUAUGAGAUUCCAGACCCCGAUGAUGUAGACAGCAAUGGUGAGGCCGAAAAUGGCGGUGACGAGGAGAAUGGCCAUCGCCAUAUUGACGAGAACACGGCUCUCCUGCCACACGGAUGGUCAGGAAACGGGUUUAUCGGCUCCGGACGCAUCAUCCCCGAGCGUCCGGCCAGCCGGAAAAGGUACCAGCUUCUCCAGUCACUCUCCAGUCUCACUAUGAGCAUCAAGCAAGACGACGACGAUGACGAUGAGCAAGAUCCCACGGCACCCUUCAAGACCUUGAAUGGACUCGAGAUCGCCGCCGUUGCCGAUGCCAAACGAUUCCUCAGUCAGACCAUUGUUCAGAAGAUCAUCACUGGCAUCUGGGAGGGGGAUAUUGUCUUCUGGGAGGACCUCACCAUCCACUCGGUCAAGCGGCCCAAGUUCUACAAGCCACACACCGCAGACCCCUUUUCCCGGUUGAGGGUCCCCAAGUACCUCAAAUCGUUCGAGGUGCUCUUCUUCUUGUCAUUCUUGUGUCUGUACUACGCCGUCUUGAACAAUCGUGACGACAGCUCGCGCAUCACGACUUUGGAGGCGGUCCUCUACGUCUGGUUUGCCGCUUUCUUCUACGACGAGUUGAGCGAAUGGGCAGACGCCGGCUCCAUAUUCUAUGCCACCGACGUCUGGAAUCUUUUUGACAUGGUAAUGCUACUCAUCGGGAUCGCCUUUGUGUCGCUCAGGGUCGUAGGCCUGUAUCGUGGAGACCAGCACCUGACGGAAACCGCCUUUGACAUACUCUCCCUCGAAGCCCUGUUCAUGGUGCCACGCAUCUGUUCAGUGUUGAGUCUCAGUCCCUACUGGGGAACAUUGAUCCCGUGCCUCAAGGAGAUGGGAAAGGACUUUGUCAAAUUCAUGGUUCUCGUCGUCAUCGUCUACCUCGGUUUCCUCACCACGUUUUCCCAGCUCGCACGUCACCGCUUUGGGCUGGCCAACAUGACCAUGUUCCUGACCAAGAUUUUCUUCGGCAGCAGCUACGUCGGCUUCGACAUUAUGCGUGAUAUCGAUCCCGUCUUUGGGCCGCCUCUGAUGCUUACAUUCAUCACGCUGAGCUCUAUCCUACUGAUGGGCUCCCUGACAGGUAUGCUUAGCAACAGCUUCUCUCGCGUCAUCAGCCACGCCCGCGAGGAGUACCUCUACGUCUACUCGGUAUACGUUCUGGAGGCGUCCACAAGCAACCGCCUCACGCACUUUUACCCGCCCUUCAACCUCAUAGCCCUGGUAAUCUUCCGUCCCCUGCGGCUCUUCCUGCCGUCGGACCACAAGUUCCGCGCGGCCCGCAUCGCCCUCCUCAAGGCGACCCACUGGCCAAUCGUCGGCGUCAUUCAGCUCUACGAACUCAUCCGCGGCAAGUUCAGGCCGACUGACAAGUUCAGGGGCCCGGUUCCAGACUCGCUGAGCGCGGGGGCCUCGCCCAGGAAGAUGCAGAAGCGACCCGCUCUGCAGGGCCAGCGCUCGGGCAGCUCGCUCAACGACCCGUCCCCGUGGCAACGCCAGGCCCCUAGAACCACCAGCGGUGCCGACUAUUCUAACAGGCAGCAGGUCCUCCAGUCGGCAUCCCAGAGUCGGGUCGACAUGGUUGAGGACACGGGUAUGGCUGGCCCUACUGACGUCGAGGUCCGAAUCAGCGAGCUCUCCAACAAGAUUGAUAGGCUCACCGAUCUGGUUCUCGCCAUGCAGAACCAACAAGCCCUGCAGACCCAACAGACCACUCAGGUUUCUGUGUGACCGAUCUUGAUGUCCUCUCGAUGUUGUACGGAUGGUGGCUGUUAUGUGUUUUGCAACUUGUGAACGGACGGCCUGUAGUCCGAAAAAGUGCUUUACAACUGACAAGUUAUGUUUUGAUGAAUGUUAUGGGGUGAUAUCCAGCUAGAAUCCGAGUGAAGUAAAUCGAUAUGGAAUUGAAUACGAAAAGUCUGUCGGUUACUAGGACUCAGGUCCAUUUAUUCAGACUUUCCAUUUGAUGAAUAUAUUUACAAUGUGAAUAACCCCCAGAAAAUACCCGAUAGAAC